AUGUUGCACUCACCACCUAAAUGUAUGCAACAAAUUGCAAUUCUAAUUAUAACGUUUGCCGUCUACGUGGCGGGCAUACGUAACACCGGUAGCACGGGCGAUGGUAACGGGAAAACGCAAAUGGCGAGUGGCGGUGGCAAUGUGGGUGCAAUCGCUGAUUAUGAGAGUUAUUCGGCACCCUACAAUGAAGACUUUCGACCUUCUCAACUGUUAUCCGAGGUAACAGAGGUAUUAUCAACUGCCACCGACAAGAUUGAGCGUCGCCAAUCCAACACUGAUAACACCAACUUUCGACCCUCACAAAUAAUCUCGUUUACGCCCUCCGACGCACAAUCAACACUCAAGCAAUAUCCGCCCAGUUAUCUCGAACCCAACUAUCAUGCACAGCAUAUAAGUAAAGGUGGACCUUAUGGUUUGGCCACUUACAAUAAAGACGAUAAGCAAUUCGCAUUUCCACGUGAAACAGAGCAGGCGCCUUUUGCCGCCGCGUUAGUCAGUAACAAUGCGAAUAUCGAAAAGUAUCUUUACAGCGGCUCCAAACAACAACAAACGACCACGCAGCAAACGCUUGUGCCCGCGCAAUUACACACUACACCCAUACUGAUCUAUCGUGACCCUUACACUAAUAAGAUCAACACCAGCCAAAGACAGCAACAACAGCAGAACUAUCGGCCACCGCCACCAGAGCCGUUAUAUCAACAAGCGCAAUAUGCCGAGGCGAGCCGACCGCAGGAGUACACCGUACAAUCUAUGUUGGUUGUGGGUGCCGAGCACUCCUCGCCCAUAUACAAUCAACAGCGACCACAAUUUGCCUUAGAGGGUGGCGAAAAUAAACGACCAGGAUAUGUAUUCGACGAGCAAGUGAGGCCGUCUUACAAUCGGCCGGUGUAUACUGGCAAUCGUUAUGAAGUUGGCAUAACCUCACCGCCGACCAGCGUCGAUUACAAUCGACGUGAUGGCGAAACACAAACCGAACGUCCGUUCGAGGGUAAAUUGGGUGUAUCGCCAAGUGAGGCUACAAAGAUUUCCUACGAUUCGCAUGAUUACCCACCGCCCAGUUACUACAAACAGCAAACAUCGAAUUUCCAAUCACCGCAACGACAAGACAACCCACCAAAUUACCAACAGCAAUCAGCAUAUGUAACGGAGACGACCCCAAUAGCGACAGCCAUUAAGACGGGCAGACCAGAGUUGACGUCUUCUAAUUAUGCAAACAAGUUUGGUAAUUAUUUGCAGGGUGGCAAGGGUGGUGAUGGCGGCUAUUACAAGCGCCCACCGCCACAUUACAGCAAUGACAUCUUGUAUGUAACGCCAGCGCCACCAACAGCACCCGCUCGUCCAUUACCACCUGUACGACAGGGUGCAACGUACUACCCGCAAGGCAAUGAGCCGAUAAGACGUCCACCAACCUACGACAACAAUUACAAUCAGUAUCAAUUGGGCGAAAUACCGCCACCACAAACAUUUCAGUCCGCUUUGAGUAGUGGACAAAGACCACCACAGCCCUACCCAUCCGGACCAAAUUACCAGCAGCCACAGAGCUUGCCGCCUUCACAGAACUUCCCACCUUCACAGAGCUAUGCACCUUCCGAAAACUAUGCACCUUCGCAGAGCUACCCACCUCCUCAGCAAUACCCGCCACCACCAAGCUAUCGUCCACCACCACCGCAGUUUCAGCGUCCGCAACAGCCUUCAGCUGGCGGUGCUGGUAUGGGCGGUUUGGCCACCCUGGCCUCAUUCUUCACCGGCACCCAACAGUAUGCACCACAGUUCACUAAUCUGCUCUUGGGCGGCAAUGGUGGUGGUGGGGGACUGUUACAUGCAUUAACUGGUACCAGGCCGCUCGGUGGAGGUGGACGUCCACCGAACAUGCAACUCAUAAAAGCUUUGGAGAAUAUUGCACGCAAUGAUGACUUGGAAUGUGUGCCGAAGGUGCUGUGCAAUAUGAUUGCUAGUCAAACACAACGAGGACAAUUGCCCGGCUUCGUCACGUCGCCGGCAAUAACGAACUUCCUUGCCGGUUUUCCUGCUCAAUCACCUGCGCUCAUUUAUGGACGUGCCGCUUUGCUGGGCAUCAGCGGUGGUGAGCGCAGUUGUACGCAGACCUAUGCGAAGUGUCCGAAGAAUGAGUACGAGAUUCUCUAUUACCUGAACAAUCAUCGCGGUGGUUUCUUCAAAUUCUUCAGCGAAGCGGAAGAGCAAAAACCCAGCGUUGCGCAGCAAACUCAAAGCUCAAGUAGUUCGGGUGGGACCUCACUUUUCAGCCUGCUGUCAGCACUAACAGGCGCCGACCCACCCGUAACCACAACAACACCACGUCCCACACCACCACCAACCGUCGCCAGCUUUGAUAUUACACAAGGCAUUGGCAAUUUCUUCAGUAACAUACUUUCCGAAUAUAUAAGCGGUGUGGAAUAUCAGCGUAGAAGCAGUCGUGCUAAGCGCGCCAUUAGGUUUGAGGACGAAAACCAGAAAACUGUAGAAGUACGCUUAAAAUUUCCAACAGAUGUUGGCUCGGAAGACUUUCAUGAUGAAGAGGAUGAUGAGGAUACGCAAGAUGGUGUCGACUUUGACGACGAUGAGCAUACGAAUGAAGCAAAUGAGAGCGCGGAGUAUGGUGAUACGCAAGGACGCGUGGUGUUCAAAAGUGGCGAACACGAAACACAUUUCUUUCCAGAAUAUGAAGCACGUGAAAUUGACGAGCGUCUGAAAGAUAUAUAUUUGCAGGAAGUGAUCAACAAGUUUAAUGCGGCCAAAUCAGAGAGAAAACUCAAAUUUCCCGCUGAAACUGAUUCCAAAGUCGAAGCAAGUGAGACAUACGAUGAGGCUGUGAAGGCAGACGUUGAAAAUUACGGUUAUGAAAACGGAAGACCCGAUGGCGUCAUACAUUUUCGUGACGACGAGAACCCAAGCGAUUCAGUGUACAACAACGUAGAGCAAACUAGACCAACGCGGCGUGGUAAAGCUGUGGUUUUCGAAAACGACAACGACAACCUCAGUUACGCGCCGUUACGUCAACCACGUGAGGAGUUUGAUGUUGUUUACGAGCCCCAAAGCGGUAAACGCAUCAUAUUUCCCGAUCACUACGAGAAACACAUACGCAAGGGUAAAAUUUUGAACAGGCCCAUAUUGUAUGCCUCCAACUACGAAGACUAUAUGCAAAAUGCAGAGGCAGAUCGCUUAGUGGUAGCCGAUAGCCAUCGGCCGGAGUAUAAUAGUAUCGCCAAUAAUGCAGAUAACAGCAUCAACUAUGAGGACAAACCCUUGGGUCCAAUCUAUGUAAGUGCUACUUCAUCGCAACAGCAAAAUACGGUCAGUAGCACCAACGUGCACGUUUACAACGAUAAUAGAUUACACUACAAUCGUGGCGCCGAUACUUACACGCCAUCAAGACCAACCAGCUACUAUGACUCACACACUUCGUCAGCCGAUUACAAUAGCAAUCGUUACUCGGCGGCCAACAGUUCUGCCAAUCGUAAAAGACGUCCUUACUAUGGUUCUUCUUCCUCGUCCUCCUCGAGUAAUCAGUAUGAUUAUCCAAAUAAAAAUUAUGUUAGCAAUAACCGUUAUGGCAGUCGGUACCAGACGACACGCUAUACAACAACAACCCGUUCACCACGUGGCAGCGAUAAUGACCACAAUAUUUAUGUAACAAAUGCUCAGGGUGUCACUACGCAUUACAUAACACCAGAUGGUCGCAAGGUGUAUUUAUAA